AAUACUCUUUUUUACACAUUUUCAUCAAAAAAAAUUGUAUCACAGAUUUGAAAUGCACUAGAGUUAGUAAAGUAAAAUAAAAACAAAAGACACUAGCUAAAAAACACAUUUGCUUAACAAGAAAAGCAAAACAUUACUUCAUCUAUUAAUACCUUUUGUAUAUAGCUUCACCAUCCUUCUCGACAUCUCAUUAUUAAAAUCUCAAACAUUUUCAAGCAAUCGUAAUAGAAUUAUAUAGAAGGGAGUCGUGAAGGUUACAAGACAUGAGAUUCAUUACACUAGUAUUCAUUGUCUCCAUCUUGUCAUCUGUAACUCUAACCAAAACGUUGAUUUUGGGGGAAGAAGUGAAAGCGACAUGCGAUUUCACAAAAUUUCAAGUCUGCAAGCCGGAAAUAAUAACAGGAAGUCCACCGUCAGAAGAAUGUUGUGAAAAGUUAAAAGAACAACAAUCAUGUUUGUGUGCUUACUUGAUAAGUCCAUCGAUUAGUCAAUAUAUUGGAAAUGCUAAAAGGGUCAUAAGGGCUUGUGGUAUACCUUUUCCUAAUUGUUCAUAAUGUUAUAAUUCUCAAAAUGAUAUUUGAUAUGUUUUAUCAUUAUUGGAAGUUUGUCAUGUAAUGGCUAUUCAGAUGAUGAUUCUUUAAAAUGAACAUUUUCUUUUACAUA